AUGGCUUCCUCGAGCCAGUACACGUUCGGCAAGUUCAAACAAGCUAGCUCUGUUAUAAUGGCGAAGCAAGAAUCACCCACACUGGUCGGCUGUCUACUCGAUGUGUCGGGAUCGAUGCGUAAGGUUCUCGAAACAGGUCGAUCAGGUGAGUGCGCGGCUGAUCGCUUCCAUGCCGUGCUCCGCGCGGCUCUCAACAUUGCCCGCAAGGAGCAACAAUGUAACUCCAAGAUCAAAAUGUUUGUGGGCGCGUUCGAUCUUGAUCGCCAGGCCGGGUAUCCUCCAACCGUGGACCUCUGCGGCGUUGCCAAAGCUCUCCUCGAAGGCGUCGAUCGAGACGAUCGCAGCGGUCAUGAUCUGCUCAUCGCGCGAAUGAGAGCAACCUAG